UUGCCGGACGUUAGGGUGAAAGUUCAAAGGUGACGUCAGACACACCCCUCUAUUCUAAUAAACAUGGCGGAGUCGGAGCAGCAAUCAGGCUCCUCCCCUGAAGAUGACACCCCUCCCAUCCCUGCCAACUUCAUGGUCCCAAAGAAGGAGAUCAGCAUGGUCCCCGACAUGGGGAAAUGGAAACGCUCCCAGGCAUAUGCUGAUUACAUGGGCUUUGUUCUGACCCUGAAUGAAGGUGUAAAGGGAAAGAAACUUACAUGUGAAUACAAAGUGUCUGAGACAAUAGAGAAGCUUCUGUCUUUGCUGAAUACUUUGGAUCAGUGGAUUGAUGAAACUCCGCCUGUGGAUCAGCCCUCUCGAUUUGGCAAUAAAGCAUACAGGAGCUGGUAUGCCAAGCUAGACCAGGAGGCUGAAGCUUUGGUUUCUACACUGAUCCCUGAAGACAGAAGAGGAGCAGUUCCUGAGGUAGCUGUUUAUCUGAAGGAAGCAGUGGGGAACUCCACCAGAAUAGAUUAUGGCACAGGACAUGAGGCGGCUUUUGCGGCGUUCCUGUGCUGCCUGUGUAAGAUUGGCGUGCUGCGUGUGGAUGACCAGCUGGCUAUCAUUUUUAAAGUGUUUGACAGAUAUCUGUGGGUGAUGCGGAAACUGCAGAAAACCUACAGGAUGGAGCCGGCUGGUAGCCAGGGAGUUUGGGGACUUGAUGAUUUCCAGUUCCUGCCCUUCAUUUGGGGGAGUUCCCAGUUCGUAGACCACCCUACACUGGAACCCAGGCACUUUGUGGAUGAGAAGGUUGUGAAUGAGAACCACAAGGACUACAUGUUUUUGGAGUGCAUCAAAUUUAUUAAUGAAAUGAAAACAGGCCCGUUUGCUGAGCACUCCAACCAGCUUUGGAACAUCAGCGCUGUUCCCACCUGGUCCAAAGUCAACCAAGGCCUCAUUAGAAUGUACAAGGCUGAGUGUCUUGAGAAGUUCCCCGUCAUUCAGCACUUCAAGUUUGGCAGCCUACUCUCCAUCCAGCCAGUGAAGUCUUGAGAUGCAUCCCUACCCCUCCCCACCCCAGCUGGCUGUGUCUCUGUGGAGAGCACCAAUGCAGCCCCUGCACAGAAAGAUGCCCCGUCGGCCUUCCACACGCUCAAUACCCCCCCCGCCCCGCCCCCUUUAGUAGCACUCUGACAGCUCUCGCCUCUCUGUAGCCUCCUCAGCUCCUUGGGCAAACGUCUCCAUAUGCAACCCCGUUCAGUUAGUCCAUCCAUUAGCAGCACUGCACCCGGGGAAAAGAAUAUAUUUUAGACAAGCCCUGUCAGUUGCCCUGGCAUUUGUUGGUAUAUGAGCGUGUGUCUUGCAUUCGAGGAGGUUUUGACUUCCUCGGUUGCGCAAUAAUGUGUGGUAGUAUUAUACCAUAUUGUUUUGUUUAUUUAUGUGACUGUACCCAUUCAGAUAUGAUCUGCUAUAAAUGAGCAUUAUAUUAAGGCACGUUGGUAAACACACGAGCCGACCUGAUGUAUUCUUACUAUUCUUUUGCUCACUGAGUUCCUGUAAGAUGGUUUUAAAAAAGCCAAUUUCUGUUGGUGUAUUUUCUCCUUUUUUUCCAAUUGUGAGCCUGUGCUCAGUGAUGGCCUGUGUGUUUUAGCAUUUCAGCGUUAGCCAGAUAUGUUUGGACUGGGUAAAAAUGUCCCACAAUCAGGCUGGCAAUGCUAGAAUUCUGUUCUAGCUGGAAGACUCCAGAAAUAGACCAUGGCUGUACAUGUGUGUAGUUUUCUUUUUUCAAUUUGUUUUGUAACACCAAGUCAUACCUA